GACGCGAGCACCGAAUCGUCCGUCGCAGUCGGCGCAAGCAAGGAAGCCAGAGAGCGGCGGAAGGAAGGAAGGGGAACGAAGGAGCGCAAGCAAGGAGGAGGAGGAGGAUGGGGUUCAUGCUGCGGGUGAGGCUGGCCUCCUUCUUCGCGGGCGCGGCGGCCGCGGCGGCGGGCGGCGGCUACUUCCUCUACAAGGACUACAAGCUCGCCCACGACUCCACGGCCCUCCAGGUGAAAGGUUUGCACGACCACUUGGACGCCCGUUACAAGGCUCUCGACAAGCGGCUUGCAGCUCUGGAAGCCCAGAAAAGCGCCGACUCCUCUCCGUCUGUGGACGCGCCAUCGGGCUAGUCGUCCGCCUGUCCAUCACGAGGCUUGACAAGUGGAUGAUUCUAAGUCUGUUUACUUUUAACAUGCGCGCGCUAUCUGCUUCUCCUUUGAAGGCAAGGGGCCUGUGACUGACAGCGAAAUAAUAUAGCGAACGGUUUUUGUUUUGUUGUGUGGGCAAGAAGAAUCUUGUGUUUUGUUGCAUGAUGAUGGGGGAUACAUCAGAUCAUUGCAGCCAAUUUCGCGCUUGCUGUCGCUUAUCCCGGGGAUUCAACCCGAACCCUUUAUCAACGCCCCUCGAUUUCUCGGC